AUGCAGCAGCAGCAGCAGCCGAAGCAGCAGAAACAGCGGAAGCAGAAACAGCAGCAGCAGCAACAGCAGCAGCAACAGCAGCAGCAGCAGCAACAGCAGCAGCAGCAGCAGCAGCAGCAACAGCAGCAGCAGCAGCAGCAGCAGCAGUACCAAAGGUUUGCGGACGGAGGUGGCGAAGAGCAGCGGCCUGAGGUACAGCGAAUAGCCCCGCAGCGGCAGCACAUAGUCCCGCUCGAGGCGGACGAAGUGCUGCAGCAGCAGCAGCAGCUGCUGCGGGUCCGGGGGCGGCAGCGCAGCACGUGCUGCAGCAGCAGCAAACCGCAGCAAGUGGUCCAGUGGUCUAAACAGCAGCAACUUGUCUUCGAGGGUUUUGAAGGCCUUCAAACCCUCGAAGGCAGCAGCAGCGUAGUGCAGCGCUGCGCAGCCGGGGUGUACAGACACCGCAGCCAAACCACAAACCCUCGCCAAACCCCAGCCCUUCUUUGCUUCCCAAUCCGCCACUAA